AUGGACUCUGCCAAUUUCGAAUUUCGAGCUUAUGGGAUAUGUUUCACGGGGAUUAUGCAAGCUGAACUUUUUCUGGCUAUAGAGAAAAAAGCAAUAGCCAAUGGAUGGUAUGGUGGUAAUAAGGUUAAGGUGGGACUGGUUUUGGCCUACUGUGAUCUACUUUCCUUCAGGUUAGCCCCAAAUAAUGUGGUAUCAUCGGAUGGAAAAGUCUCACAACUUGAGCAUGUGUUUAUCCGAGGCAGCAAAGUCAGGUUUAUGAUAAUUCCUGAUAUGCUGAAAAAUGCUCCUAUGUUCAAGCGAUUGGAUGCAAGAAUUAAGGGAAAAGGCUCAGCUAUUGGAGUUGGCCGUGGACGUGCUGUUGCUAUGCGCGCUAGGGCUCAAGCAGCUGGUCGUGGCGGUCCCGGUCGUGGUGCUGUGCCUCCAGUAAGGCGGUAGUCAUCUAGGUUGCCUUGGUUCCUUUGCUUCCUCGCCGGUAGGGAAAUAGAGAUGCUUCAGUAAUGUUUAUGUUGUUGAAUUACUUUUUCGAUCUUCAGUGGCCCCAAAAAAUCUUUGUUACCUCCACCUCGGAAUAUUUUAUAACUCUGUUUCUUGUCGACAAGUUGCACUGUUUAUGUAGGUAUUUUGGAAAACUGCUUUAGAAAUCAGUAGUCUGUGUAAUGCUGAGUUAUCUUUCUUGGCUAAUUUAGACUUUUGCUGGAUGAGCUGAAGUCUGUACUAAAUCGGUGGCAUUGUGAAUGCAGCAGGUUUCUGAAUAUUUUUGCUUCU